GUUAAAGAAUACAAAAUAAAAAAAAAUUUAAUUUAUGGUAAAUGGAAACAGGUAUAAAUUCGUGUAAUCCAGUAUACAGCCAUAUUAAUCGAAGAAACCCUAAUGUUUUUGCAAAAAAAGCAAAAUUUAUUGAUAACUUUUUUGCUGUUGUAUCUAUUAUUACAUUCUUGAUUGAUAUUAUUACAGAUGCUUUAGUUGCUAAGCAAUACUUUGAAACUAAGAAAUGGAUAUGGUUUGGUUUAAGCUUAACUUUUAUUUUUGUUCCAUCUGUACUAAUACAAUUAUUUUCUACUCAAUGGCAUCACGAUGAUAGUGAAAAACAAGGAUGGCUUUCAAUUAUAUUACAUUUAUUGCAAUUAGCACCAGUUGAAAGGUAUUUUUAUGCAUUUUGGUAUGGUAGAAAAACUUUGUUAAGUGAAGAGUUGAAUGAAAAUGAUUUCAGGCUAUAUUUAAUUAAUUCACGAGAUGCAGCAAUGUUGCGGCUUCUAGAAGCGUUUCUUGAGUCUGCACCUCAAUUGGUAUUGCAGUUAUAUAUUUUAUCACAACUAAAUAGAGCUAUAGAUUUAAAUAAAGAUUGGAUGACUUUCCUUGCUGCAGUAGUUUCUUUAAUAUCAUUAUCAUGGUCAAUUGUUUCUUAUUCCAAAGCUUUGCGUUUGUGUGCAUUUGAGAAUGGGCUUUCACUGUCUGGAUACAUAUUUCAAGUAAUUUAUAGACUUAGCAUGAUUGCUUCUAGAAUAGUUGCAAUGGUUUUAUUUGCAUCUGAGUACACAUGGGCACUGUUUGUGGUAAUAUUUGUGCAUUGGCUUUGCAUGUUCAUAUGGCUUCACUUUCAAAACACGAAGUUCUGUGAUAGUUCAAACAACAUAAGACAAACUUUUUAUGAGUACACUUUUAUAAGUGUUUUGGCUUUUGUGUAUGUAUUUUGUUUUAUAAAUGCGAAAGAAAGAAUGACAAGACAACGUCUUGUAACGUAUUAUAUACUUUUUUUUGUUGAAAACUCACUGAUGAUUGCAGCUUGGUACGCUUCACGUAGAACAACCUUUGGUAUUUUGGAGUAUGGAGGCUUAGGUAUUGUUUGGGGUGCGUUUAUUUUAGGACUAGUAAGUAUGUUACUCUACUACAAAAUAUUCCAUCCUAAUGUAAAUGUCACAGCUGAUUGGCUUUGUUGUAGUAUAUUUCAAAAAAAGUCUGCUGUCCAGAAAAUAAAUUCCAUAAAAUGCCGUUAUCAAGUUGAAGCUAGUUAUCGAGAUGAACCUAGUUAUCGAGUUGAACCUAGUUAUCGAGUUGAACCUAGUUAUCGAGUUGAACCUAGUUAUCGAGUUGAAGCUUGUUCAUUAAGUCAAAGCUCGUUUUUGGAUCAAGAGAAUGAUUUAGAAGAACAAAACUCAAAAAUUUGUGAAAUUCUGAAUUUGCAACAAGUUGAUGGGAAGUUGUUUAUUGGAGUUAAGUUAACACCUCGAAUGGAUAUUACUUCUUUUAUGUUUCCGAAUAUUUUUGAAUAGGAGGUUUAUAGAUUUUUAAAAUUAUAAAACAAGGCUUAUAAAGUUGAAGAUUUGCAAAAACAGUCUUCAGUUUAA